AUACAAACUUCAAACCCUACAGCGGCGUAUUCGUUCGCCCUAAAGUUCUCAUCUCCGUCGCUAGUCGCCGCCGUGCCAAACCAGGCAAUCAUUCAUGGGGAAGGCGAAGGGGAAGCACAGAUUGGAUAAAUUCUACCACUUAGCUAAAGAACAUGGCUACAGAUCGCGUGCUGCCUGGAAACUGGUGCAGCUCGACUCUAAAUACACCUUCCUCCGCUCGUCCAACUCCGUUGUGGACCUCUGCGCCGCGCCGGGAGGCUGGAUGCAGGUAUGCGUCGAGCGGAUGCCUGUUGGAAGCCUCGUUAUCGGCGUCGACCUCGUUCCAAUUCGGCCUAUACGCGGCGCCAUAUCUUUGCAGGAGGAUAUUACUACACCCAAGUGUCGCGCUUCUGUUAAGCGGAUAAUGUCGGAAAACGGUUGCCGAGCAUUUGAUUUGGUGCUGCACGACGGAUCGCCGAACGUCGGCGGCGCGUGGGCGCAGGAGGCCACCAGCCAGAAUGCGUUGGUAAUCGAUUCAUUGAAGCUUGCGUCUGAAUUUUUGGCUCCUAAAGGAACUUUCGUCACCAAGGUUUUCAGGUCUCAAGACUAUACUGCUGUUUUGUAUUGUUUACGGCAGCUAUUUGAAAAGGUUGAAGUAGACAAGCCACAAGCUAGUAGAUCAACGUCAGCGGAAAUUUAUAUCAUAGGUUUAAAAUACAAGGCUCCUGCGAAGAUCGAUCCUCGCCUUCUUGAUGUAAAGCAUCUCUUCCAAGGAGGAAAAGAACCUUCAAAGGUUGUGGAUGUGCUGAGAGGAACUAAACAGAAGAGACACCGUGAUGGGUAUGAGGAUGGAGACACAACUUUGAGGAAAUUGUGCUCAGCAUCAGAAUUCAUCUGGUCCGAUAACCCACUCGAGAUUCUUGGUUCAGUUGCUUCAAUAACCUUUAAUGACCCUGCAUGUUUACCCCUAAAGGAUCAUACUUUAACAACAGAAGAGGUUAAAGCUUUAUGUGAGGAUCUUCGUGUUUUGGGAAAGCAAGACUUUAAGCAUCUUUUGAAGUGGCGCAUGCAUAUGAGGAAAGCUCUUUCUUCUUCGGAGAAGGAUACAUCUGCUACUACCACGGUUGAAAAGAAAAGCAAGGAAGAUGAAGAAGAAGAUGAAGAUGAGCGGGUACUUAAUGAAAUGGAGGAGUUAACAACUGCUAUGGACCGAAAGAAGAAAAGAGAAAAGAAACUUCAAGCAAAAAGACGUGCUAAGGACAAGGCUCGGAAAGCAUUAGGCACGCAGAUGGAUGCAAUCGAGGAUGGCUAUACUGAUAUGGAGCUGUUUAAUCUAUCUUCUAUUAAGGGGGAGAGAGAUCUUGCAGCUAUUGAUAACAAUGAAUAUGAUGCUAGCGAAAUCAGGAACAGUGAUACAGAAGAAAGCAAUGGCGAGGCAGAAGAAAGUGAUAGUGAUUUGGACUCUGAUGAAGAAAAGAAACGUUACGACGAACAAGUUGAGAAAUUGCUCGAUGAAGCAUAUGAAAGUUACGUUGCUAAAAAAGAAGGAAGCACAAAGCAGAGAAAGCGUUCAAAGCAAGCCCACUCAAAGGAUGAACUUUUAGAGGGCGAUGAGGAUGCCGCUAUUCAAUCUGAUCAAGACUUGGAUAAGGAUGAUUCAAAUCAAGACGCAAAUCCCCUCGUCGUUCCCCUUGCUGAACACGAGCCAACUCAAGAGGAAAUCGCAGCCCAAUGGUUUAGUCAAGACGUCUUCAUGGAUGAGGAUGCAACCGAGGGCCUGGAAAAAAACGACAGCGAAGAUGAAAAGCGCGCCCCGGAGCCUAUCAAACAACAAUCAACAGUUCCGGCAACAAAAACCGAAGAUUCUCCACAAAAACCUGCCACUCGCAAGAAGAACAACUCAUCAUCUGCCAAAUCUUCGGUCGCAGAAGACGACUUCGAAGUAGUGCCGGCCCCUGCUACAGAUUCAAGCGACGACUCCUCAUCGGACGACUCGGACGACGAUGACAUCGAAACAAAAGCUGAAAUCUUGGCCUGUGCGAAAAGGAUGCUAACAAAGAAGCAGAGAGAAGAGAUGCUCGACGACGCGUACAACAAGUACAUGUUCCACGACGAGGGACUUCCCAAAUGGUUCGCCGAAGAUGAGAAGAGGCAUUACCAGCCAAUAAAGCCCGUGACUAAAGAAGAGGUAGCCGCAAUGAAAGCGCAGUUCAAAGAAAUAAACGCCCGACCUGCCAAGAAGGUCGCGCAGGCCAAAGCCCGGAAGAAACGAGCUGCCCAUAGGACACUGGAAAAGGUUCGGAAGAAGGCGAAUUCCAUAUCCGACCAGGCGGACAUUUCUGAUCGUUCCAAAAGGAAAAUGAUCGACCAGCUCUACAAGAAGGCGGCGCCUAAACAACCUAAGAAGGAAUAUGUGGUAGCGAAAAAAGGCGUUCAAGUUAGAGCCGGGAAGGGCAAAGUUCUCGUCGAUCCGCGGAUGAAAAAGGAUGCAAGAAAGCAUGGAAUGAGCAAACAAGGGAAAGGGAAAGGGAAAGGGGAACAGAAUAAGGGUAAAGGAAAGGGUAAACCGAAUGGGAAGGGAAACAAAGCAAGCAAUGGUAAGUCGAGAGGUAAGAAGUGAGAUUUAUUGUAGUGUUUUGAUACCAAAUGGUUAUUAAUUGCCAAAGGUAAGGUUUUGUUAACAAUUUACUGCAUUAUAAUUUACUGUUUUCUAUCAGUUGUGAUUUGUAAAGACCAUAUAUAAUCGUUACCGUGGUUAUAUAUAAUUUAGAAAUGAUUCAACUUAUGCAAUUA